UAAGCUCCAAUAGGCCAAGUGCGUAUACAGAAGUUCAGAACUUUUUUCCCACAAGCAUCACCGCCUGAGACUGCGACGGCCUGCGGCUCGACAGAGACUCAACAGCUCGAUUUUUCUUCCUUGGUGAAGGCUGGGAAUCGUUUCCCAUCAUCUAGAGCUCGUUUCUGCGACCCUUGUUCUUAGUCUGCCGCCCCGUUGCGUGCGGAUCUAUUCAAAAUGGGGAACAAGAAGGCUUCUCGUCCGGCCGCCUCGAAAACUUCGUCCGCCUCGUCGCCCGCGGUAUCGGGGGGAACGCAGCUUGGAAAUAAGUCUGCGAUCUUGCGAGCCGUCUUCUCGCCUUCUGAAUACCAAUUAGCGCUCUUUGCUUCGGUCAUUCAAGGCCUGGAUGGGCAACAUCUUCGCAUCCAUGACACCAACACUGGACGUCUGCAAUGCGAUCAUGCGGCCGCUCCCAAGGAGACGAUCACUUCGCUGGACUGGGGUUACUACUACGGAGAUCGCCAGCGUCCUCGGGAGCAGCAGUCAAAGAAGAAGAGAAAGAGAAGUUCCGGAGUGAACGGCGCUGUGGACGGACUAGACAAGGGAGAUGCAGUCGUUGCUUUCGGAACAAGCACAUCCGACAUCCGCAUGUACUCUCCCUCCGAGGACAAGAUUGUUGGAACGCUGUCGGGUGGUCACGAGAAUGGAAUCAGAGAUUUCAAAUUUACCGCCAAACGGCCUGGUCUGGAAGGAUGGAGUAUUGGAGGUGAUAAUAAGCUGGUUCAAUGGGACCUGCGCACUGGGCAAUCUAUCAGAACGAUCAAUCUGCCGACCUCGUCAGUCGUAUCGGCGCUGUCUAGACCGGUGCCUUCCAACCCGCCACUGGUCUGCGCAUCACAGACACCCUACAUCAUUGAUGUCGAGGGCUCCAGCGAGCCACGGGCCUUCCCUGCCAUGCGCAACCCCAUCCACACACUUAUCGCCUCUUCUGCGGAUGAGUCUCUGCUUUCGGGACACUUUCUGGCUUCGGACGGGGAUCGGUAUAUCAACGUCUUUGACUCCCGGAAGCAAAAGCUGGUUCUCAAUCUCGUGGCUGAGAAAGAGGUAUCCGAUCUGUCAUUCUACCCUGGGUCGGAUGCGCAGGAGAAUGGCGAUGAAUCUUUGCCGGUCAAGAAGCAGCUUCUUGCCGCCGUCACCCAGGAUGGCGCCAUUGAGCUUUUCUCCAAACCGUUUUUCCAAUCCGAAGAGUCGCAAAAUACAAAGGCUACGAGUCUGAAGUCGAGAAGCAAGCAGAUGACCAGAAGGGCGGAUGCGUUUGUCAGGAUCAUCAAGUCCGACAAGUCUGGAAGCCUUGUCCCCGUCGUGACGACUACCUUUGAAGGACCAGACCUAGUCAUUGCAUAUGCUGAUGCAGCAGUAAACCCCGUGUUCGAACGCGUGCGAUGGCAGGACGAAAAUACAGAUGAGCUCGCUCUCAGCGGUACCAAGGAGAUCGUGAAGGGCAAGUCUUCAUCCUCUUUGUCUGCUGCGACUCUGAAUGGCAUCAAAGAGGCAAGCAAGAGCCAUGUCGAUGAAUCCAAGGCCGUGGUGGAGGAAGGAAACAUCGCGGAAGACAUCGAAAUGGAUGACUCUCGACAAGACGCUGUCUCCGUAUCCAGCGACGAGGAGGUUUCCGACGAUGAAGAGGAUCGCAAGAAGUCAAAAUCCAACGGAAAGCAACAGCAGCCACAGAAGCAGAAAGGUACGGAUAAGGACGUCGAUAUGCAGGAUGCCAAUGCAUCGGGCGAUGAACAGGACGAGGAGGAAGCGGGUGAGCCUUCUUUCGGUGAGCUCAUGCGUGCGAAUGCCUCUGAACAGGCUAUCGAUGUGGAAGCCGAACUGGAGGAUGAUGUUGGCACAAGUGCGCUUGUACCAGGAAAAUCAAAUUCCACGGCUGUUCAGCUCCCCUCGGGUGUGUCCCUCUCCACUGUGCUUUCUCAGGCACUCAAGACGAACGACAGUGAGAUGCUCGAGUCCUGCUUCCACACCGGCGAUCUCUCCAUCGUGCGCUCCACAAUUCAGCGCUUGGAUUCUUCUCUUGGUGCAACUCUGCUGCAGAGACUGGCAGAGCGUCUUUCUACGCGCCCCGGUCGCUAUGGGCACCUUCUCGUGUGGGUGCAGUGGACCUGCAUCACUCACGGUGGUGCUAUUGCAGGAAAGGCAGACUUGCUAAAGAGAAUGAGCACUCUCUUCAAGGUCAUGGACCAGCGCUCUUCCAGCCUGCAAUCCUUGCUCCUACUCAAGGGAAAGCUUGAUAUGUUGGAUGCUCAGCUGCACCUUCGGCAAUCUAUUGCUAAUCGUGGUAUGGAGAGUGACGAGGACGAGGACAACAUCAUCUACGUUGAAGGUCAAGAUGACGAGGACGACGACAGUGAUGUCGAGGGCGCUACGGCCACUCCACGGACAAAGUCACUACGCGAUAGGGCUGCUGACGAAGAGGAUGCCACGAUGAACGGCGUAGGCUCUGAAUCGGAUGAUGAGGAGGACGAAGACGAAGAGGCAGACGAGGACGCAGACAUCCUCGACGUCGAGGCUGAAGAGUCCGCCGGCUCUUCCGACGCGGAGGAAUCUUUGGAAGAGAACGAGGACGAAGAUGAAGACGACAGCGCUGGCUCGAUGGCCGAUUUCAUCGCUGACACAGAAGAUGAGUCCGAGGACGACGCUAUAUCGCAUCAACCUCCUCCCAAGAAGAGCAAGCUCAGCAAGGGCAAGAAGGGCGGACGCAAGUAAAAAAACCUACACCCCCAAUAGAACCUACUCGGGGAGCGGAAAAAGGGAGGCCAUGUAUCUCUUUUACUUUAUUUUUCUUUCUUCAACCAAAAAAGAAAAGGUGGCGUCUGCAUCGCAUUGGAGUCUUUUGUCUUUUUAAGUUGUUCUUUCCCCGAGUUGCAUGACCGUUCAAACAAGGAACAGUCCUGACUAUCUCUCUUCUUCCUUUUUUUCUUAUCUGUGUCAUAUUAGUUCCUUCGAUUUCAUCCUUCAUCAGAGAGAAACUUGGGAAAAGGGACCGUGACAUGUCAUGUCGAAUUUGUGUAAUGUCACUUAUAAUUGAAGAAAAAUUCUUUCGUUCCUAUAAGUAUACUGCCAUAUGCCAUCUAUACAUUCGGUCGAUGUAGCUUAAAUCUCGUUUAACUACUUAUGCGACGAUAUAGCGAAAGAUAUAAAUAAUAGCCAAAGUGAG